UUAUGGGUAAUGCUAGGCCUGCAGGCACUGGAUCCAUUUUGUUUGAGACAAGACAUCGAGGAAGAAGAAAAGUAAACUAAACUUAAACUAAGCAACAGGAUGCCGUAUGAAACCUGCUGGCGGGCCUGAUCUGGCCCCCGGGCCUUAUGCUUGACACCCCUGGAAUAAGCCUACGUACAAAAUCUGAAUUGUAUGUGGAAUUUCCGUAACCAUGUUGAAGAGGGCGACAUCACCCGAACCAUUCAGGUCAGAGAAAAGACUGAAGCAGGAAAGACCAGACUCCCCUGCACCCAGCUGUCUAAAUUUUCUAAAGCAGGAGAGGUCAGACUCAUCUGCACCAAGCUGUACAUCAAAGGAUCUACCUGAUCAAUUUAAACUAGCAUUAAGACUACUUGACUCAAGUGAGCUGACUACCAGUCUCCUGACAAAGGACCACUUCACAUGCUCCAUGUGUACAGAAGUGCUGAAGGACCCAGUCUCCAUCCCCUGUGGACACAGUUACUGCAGGCAGUGCAUCACCUUAUACUGGGCCCAGCCUAACCAUGCAGGACACUAUGCCUGUCCCCGGUGCUCACAGACAUACAGCUCCUGUCCUGCACUUUACACAAACUCAGCCUUAGCAGUAGUGGUCCAGAAGCUCCAGCACUUCAGUCCUGUUUCUCCUGAUCACUGCUAUGCUGGUCUUGGAGAUGUGGCCUGUGAUUUCUGCACUGGGAGGAAACUCAGAGCUGUGAAAUCCUGUCUGACCUGCUCUGCCUCCUACUGUGAGUCUCACAUUAGGCAGCACUACACAGUUGCAGCACUGCAGAAACACACACUGGUAGAACCCCAAAUCCAGGAACAAAAGCUCAGUCAGCAGCACGACAUCAAAAUCGAAGACUUUAAAUGUAUUGAGGGUGAAGACCUAGAAUGGGUAAGAUAUGUAGCAGUUACCGAGUUGUCUUUACGGCUGUGAUUAAAAGUUAAAUUAUUUUUUGGUAGAAUUAAUAUCUUCUUCAGUUCCUUGCCUCAGUUUUUGUAUUCAACAAUCAUUUCACAGGUUUAUUUUAAAACAUCUGAACGGUAUGGGGGACUGUACAUGGGCAUGUCCAAGUUGGGGCAGUGCAGAAGGGCACUGCAGUUUCACAGGGGUUUGCAGCUGCAGGUUACUCUUAACAUAAGCAGCUGUAAUGAGAACCAAUGCUUAUUGAG